AUGUUCGACUGCGCGGGAAUGCAAGCUAGCUUCGACGCAGCUCUGGACGCGGUACGAACCCAGGGGAACGUCGUCGAAGUCGCCGUCUGGGAGAAGAGCUGCGCUUCAGACGAAAGAGGCUGUCCUGGUCGGUCUGUGUCUUGUUGCGCGGUUGCGUUGGAAUGGAUGGCAGAGUCACUUGCGCGCACCGUCGUAGCGAGUCAAGCGUACGACCGCAGACAAGCCGGGUUGCUCAAGAUCGCCUUGGAGGACUUCGUCGAGGAAGGUAUCAAGGCUCUCAUCGCCGACUCGGAGAAGGAUACACAGAUCAAGAUCAUCGUCCACCCCUAG